AUGAUUUACUGUUGUUAUAGUUUUUUAAUUGUAUUCAUUAGACAUAAUGUUGCACAAUAUUUUAAUAAGUUUGAGCUUAAUACUUACAUUGUAAACAUUUUUCUUCUAUUUAUUAUUCUUUUUCAUAAGCUGAGUAGUAAAGAUAAAUAUGCUUUUGCAAAUUACCAAAAAUAACUUCAAAUAAGGAAUAUUGUUUUAGGGGAAUAAGAAAAAUAAUUUAUGCAAAUAUUUUAAUUCCAUCCUACUGAAACUAUUUUUUAUGUUAACAUUAUUAUUUUGUUAUGA